CUUCUUUCCUAUCGCAAGAACCCAUCGCUCUGCUCCCGGCGAUCGUGAAGAAAAACACUUCUCAGUUUCGCUGCUGGCGUUAGAGUCGGUGCAGCUCGCACGAGCUCGCGUGCUAGCUGUGAACGUGUCGCUUGCACGCGCGUGCGCUCUCGUGUGUGUGUGUGUAUGUGUUCGUGCCUGACUCCCUGCUGACGGCUGGUGUGCUACAUUUCUAGUCGGAUUCGUAGUAUUUAUAAAUUGUAGGAUUUUUUGUAACUAAUAGAGAGGACGAUGGCGAGCGCUGGAAAUCCACCUUUUCCUUUCCUGAGGAAAUUUGUGACCAAGAAUGAAGCCGUCAAGGAGUUCCUCGCCGAGUUUCUCGGCACGUUCAUCCUAUACAUGUUCGGGGGCGCAUCGUUCGCGCACUUCUUGUUCACCGACCAGAAGGACGUGUUCGCGGUGACCUUCUGUUGGGGCAUCGGCGUCAUGCUCGGCAUCCAGACCGGCGCUGGCGUCUCCGGUGGUCACGUGAACCCGAUUGUGACGACAUCGUUCGCCAGCGUCGGUAAGCUGCCAUGGCGAAAGGUGCCGCACUACAUCCUUGGACAGCACCUUGGAGCCUUCCUCGCUUCGGCCAUCCUCUACUUCAACUACAUUGACCUCCUGGACAGUGUCGACGGCGGCGAGCGCCAAAUCUUCGGCAAGAACGGCACGGGCGUCCUGCUCACCACUUACCCGAAUGACCACGUGCACCUCUCGGUCUGCGUCUUCGACACGAUCAUCUGCUCGGGCCUGCUGAUGUUCACCAUCAUGGUGAUUCUGGACGACCGCAACGCGAACACGACCAAGGGAAUGCACGCCUUCCUCAUCGGUAUCAUGGUGGUGGCUCUCUGCUGGGCCUACGGCGCUAACUGCAUGGCCGCUGUCAACCCGGCCAGGGACUUCCCGGCGCGCGUGCUUAGCGCGCUCGUUGGAUACGGUGCCGAAUCGUUCACGUUCCGCAACUUCUGGUGGAUCCCGAUGUUCGUGCCUCACCUGGGCGGCCUGAUCGGCACCUGGCUCUACGUGCUGUGCAUCGGCAUGCAUAUCUCGAAGCCGCAGCAGAAGGACGGACCCGAGGGGGUUAAUCUGCUACCACUGGCCCCCAGAGCUGACAAGGCAGUGGCCUAGCAGAACCACGAACGUCGUGUUCCAGAAAUCGUCCGACAGCACGGAAUGGAUUACGCUCGCAUCUUUGUUUUCGCCAUGGCUCUAUGCUCACACUGAGACUGUAGCCGACAGCUCAGUGAUGGUCACGCAUUACGUCACAAACACGUACAACCCUCAUUUACACAACGAUAUGGGCUGGAAGCAGCUGUAGCUAUACGUAUAUACAUGUAUACACCAGUACCACAUUGAAAUUAUUGAGUUUCUUACCAUCCUUCUGUGUAACUAUAUCUCUAGUAGACGCUGCUAAAGAAAGCCCGACAAAAUUUACAUCGACAGUUUUUCAACAUUGCACGUGCAUUAUUCCUCUUCAUUAAAAAAAAACUGUUUAAGGAGGCCCAUUACAUGGUCAUCAGUUCGAAGUUUUAUAGUGGCGCGCUACAUGUACUCUGCCACUGGCCCCACCUGUAUUUUUUUAGUUACCUGAAAAGUAAAACAAUGUGACAGCGACGGCAACUUAUCACUGAAAACACCGUCUGCGUUGCCAGUGCAUGAUAUCGCUCACAUGACAUUUGAAGCUAUGGGAACGGCCUUUUUAUUCGUUUAGUUAUGGGCGACUUAUCUGUCAGAAUAUUUCUGGCAUUGCGUAUUAUUUCACUUCACGAAUAAUGUCAUGUGCGAAGUGCCUAGAGUGGCUGCGUGACACUCCAGAACGAAGAACUGAGCGGUACAGGCCUAUAGCUUUCAGUACAGGUUUCUCUGACAGCGCAGCGUUGCCGAAAUAACGAUGCAGAAAAAAAGGGGAUUCUGAUGUCGACGAACUAAGCACAUAAUGGGUAUUAAAAAAAAAAAAGAUUUGUGAUGCUGGUGACAGAACUUGUUAUUCUUAGAGUGAUUUUGAAACUCAAGAGUAGAUUAGAGGAACUAAAAGAAGUAAUUAUUUAUUGCAUUUUUGUGCGCUGCUUGUAUAACGUCCACAAUCGUGCCUUAGUCUAGAGUUACAGGCAGGUGCUUCCGAGAAUGCAGGUGUCGUGUCCUAUGGAAAAAAAAAAUGGCACGAUGUUAAAACGUCGACUGCAUGCUGAUUUUGCACCACCACAUUUGGUUGGGUUUGGCCUAAGUGACGGUGUUGUCGCACAUGCUGUGUUGGGGCGGUGCGAAUAGAAAUGGAUUACUGAAAAGAUAAAGUCAAAGUAAAGAGUACGAAGCAAGCUGAUGCAAUGCAAGCGCUUUGAAUCCAUGCAUAUAUGUACUCUGUUUGACAAUAAUGGCGCAACUGGAGUGGAACGGUCAGCUGACGUCAGUCAUUGAGUCGAGUCGAACGUACAUACCGCUAAGCAUGAGCACAUAGAGGGCGCGUUCUCGAGGACUUGAGCACGCCUCGUGCCUUUCGCUUCACUGGCUUAUUAUCGUACAACGGAAUACAAGUGCUGCGAUCAAAUAGCAAGGUAGAAAGGGUUAUAUAACGGGUAGAAAUGAUCAAUUAGUGUAUUCACUGCCUUUGUGUAUACGUUUAAUAGAUACUGCCAGUUCUAGAAAAAUAACCGAGUUCGGAAACAGACAACUGUUGUAACUACGAUUUUCAUGGAUUUUCUUUAAGCUUCUGGGAAAAGUGACGGUGAAUUCUAAUAAAGAAUGUUUGACCUGUU